GAUUAGAAAUGAGGAUCUUGGAUCACAGGACAGGAGGAUUGGUUUUAUAACUCUUAUGUAGUUGGAUUAAAGAUUAUUGACAAUGGCCUUGAAAUUCAGAUGUCUAUUUGGUAUAUGGUUUACAAAGAAGAAAGCAAGCACGGAGCAUCAAAGAAAAAGAAGGCAGUAGCAAGUAGGAAGUAGCAAAGCAAGUACCUUUUAUUCUGAAAUUGAGGAUCUAGAUUAGAGGGACUCCAAUACUCGAGCUUUCUCAAGAAAACACAUACGCAUCCGAAACUGGAGAUGCUGAAAAUGAUGGGAAAAGCGUGUUCUCCUUCUUCUAAUUCUUAUUAUUGCAGCAGUAGAAGAGGUAUGCCAUUUCUUCACUCUACUCCUCCUGCUGCUGUUGUUGCUUUAUUACAUUCGCAAAAGGCAACCAAAUCUAGAGAAUCCCACCCUCACCCGCCCUCAACCAAUUUCAUGGCUUUAUUUCAUUCUCAAUCCUCAUACCCAAUUACACCGAGACAAACCCCUCUAGGAAAUCGAUCCAUUAUAGUGAGUACUGUUGAGGAUGCUUCGAUGUUGUUCCAUGAAAUGCUUCACUCCCGUCCUCUGCCUUCUUCUGUUAUUCCUUUCAAUCAAAUCUCGACUCAACUUGUCAAACUCAAACACUAUUCAACAGUCAUCACUUUGAAUAGACAAAUGCUUCUCUGUAGAAUUGUUCCUGAUGAGUAUACUCUGUCUAUUAUCAUCAACUGCUAUUGCCAUUUGAAUCAAAUGGGGUUUGGCUUAUCUGUCUUGGGAAAUUUCUUCAAAUUGGGUCUUCAACCAAAUGUUAUUACCUUCUCCACUCUCAUCAACGGCUUUGUUCUCCACAAUCAAGUGCCUGAGGCUGCACGAAUUUUCACCAAAAUGGUGGAGGCAGGUCAUUGCAAGCCCAAUGUGUUUACUUUCAGCACACUAAUUAAGGGCUUUUGUAUGAGAGGAAACAACAGAGCUGCAAUUCAAUUAGUUAGGAAGAUGGAAGAAAGAGGAUGCGAGCCUAACAGAGUUUCCUAUAACACCAUCAUCGACAGUCUUUGUAAGGAUACACUAAUUGAUGAAGCAUUCAACCUCUUCUCAGAAAUGAUUACUAGAGGUAUUGCUCCAGACGUUGUUACUUACACCUCUUUGAUUCAAGGAGUUUGCAAUAUAGGCCAGUGGAAACAAGCUACAAGGUUGUUGAAUGAAAUGGUGAGUAAAGGUAUCUUUCCAGAUGUAGUCACCUUCAAUGUCUUGGUUGAUACACUUUGUAAGGAAGGGAUGGUUGUGGAAGCCAAAAUUGUGGUUGACAUGAUGGUUCAAAGAUAUAUUGAGCCUAACACGGUUACAUACAACUCACUUAUGGACGGUUACUGUUUGCAAGGAGAAAUGGAGGAGGCAAGACAAAUUUUUGAUCUUAUGAUUAGCAAGGGCUCCAUGGUUGAUGUUCAGAGUUGUAACAUAUUUAUUAACGGAUAUUGCAAGGCUAAAAAGAUCGAUCAGGCUUACAAGAUUUUCGAGGAAAUGUGUCGUAUGGAACUUGUUCCUGAUACCAUUACUUAUAACACUCUUAUUGAUGGUCUUUGCAAAGCGGGGAGAAUUCAAGAAGCAGAAGAGUUGUUCUCUGAGAUGCAAGGUUGUGGCCAGCUUCCAAAUGUUCAAACUUACGCUGUGAUACUUGAUGGCCUGUGUAACAAUCAACAACUUUCCAUGGCAGUAGAAUUGCUUAGAGAGAUGGAAGCCAACAAAUUGGAACUUAAUAUUGUAAUUUACAAUGUUGUUAUUGAAGGUUUGUGCAAAGCUGGCAAUAUUGAAUCCGCAAGAGAUCUCUUCUGUGGUUUAUCAUCAAAAGGAGUUCAGCCUGAUGUGCGAACAUACACUAUAAUGAUCCAGGGACUUUGUCAUCAUGGCUUAAUAAUCGAAGCAGAAAAGUUGCUGAGAGAAAUGGGAGGGAAAGACUGUUCUCCAGAUGGUUGCACCUAUAACACCAUUAUCCGAGGGUUGUUAAAUAACAAUGAGACAUCAUGGGCUAUGAAACUUAUUGAAGAAAUGUUGAAGUGGGGUUUCUCUGCAGAUGCAUCAACUAUGGAAUUGAUAAUUGUUUUAUUGUCUAAGGAUAUAGUAGAUCCGGCUUUGUUGCCGCUGCUAAAAGAUUCACGAUAAAGUUGAUUUGUACUCUAUUAAGCUCAGGUUCCAAGAUACUAGACUUGGACUCCAUCGAAAGAGUUGUAGCACACUGCAACGGUGAUAAGUGCUGAAUUGCUGAUAUCCAUGGUGGCAUAUUGCGCUUGUAGCGAUUCAUUGUUUAGGAUAGGCUGCCAACCCCAAGUAUAAUUGUUGUACUACUCAAUAGAUUGUAACUGAGCUCUUAUAAACUUGAGGCUGAUGUCUAGUUGAUAAAUAGACACUGAAAAAACUUGGGUCGUGUGAUUGGGUUGAUUUCUGAUGAUCAAUAACAUUUUAGCUUCUUGUUAUAUCAUAAUUGGUUUCACUUUUGU